ACUGACACUGGUGGGACAGUUUGACAUCCAGAACAAAACAGCUUCCAACAAGGAGACUUCAGAAUAUAGUAGAGAUAAGUAAUGUUAUAGAAAACAUGCAGGGAACACUUCUAAUAGUUACAAUUUUGCACUUCAUUCUUCCCUCAUUUCAUCACCCUGCCAGAAGCUUAACUGCAUCUUCCACUUCACCCAAGCACUGCUUUUGUACCCAUUCAGCAGAAAAAGUAAGCUCUUCCCUUUUGAUCACCCCAAGCCUACUUUGUAGGGUGGCAACACUUGACAGUGCUCUUCUAUUUUAUCAGGUGGGAACUGGCAGAGGACACUUGGCAGUGAGGAAAUUAAGAGGGAUGAAGACUUACGUUCUGAGACUAUGGUAUAUGCUUGUGCCCAUAACACGGCUGGAUACAGCUGAGGAUUUCCAGCGGACAAAGAAUAAUUCAGGCUCUUUCUAUUAUGGCACUUUUCCAGAUGGGUUUUUAUGGGGUAUUGGAAGUUCUGCAUACCAGACUGAAGGGGCCUGGGACAAGGAUGGGAAAGGACCAAGUAUCUGGGAUGCUUUCACUCACAAAAAAGGAAAAGUGUUCAGAAAUGAAACAGGAGAUUCAGCAUGUGAUGGCUACUACAAAGUAAAGGAUGACAUUGAGCUACUAAAGAAGUUGAAAGUGAAUCACUAUCUCUUUUCUAUCUCAUGGCCUCGGAUUAUGCCCACUGGCAUCAAAACAGAGCAAGUGAAUGAGAAGGGAAUACAGUUCUACAAUGAUACAAUUAAGAGUCUUCUGGAAAACAAUAUUAUCCCUAUUGUGAGCCUCUACCACUGGGAUCUUCCACAGGUUCUCCAAGAAAAGUAUGGUGGCUGGCAAAAUAUAAGCAUGAUAGAUUUCUUUAAUGAUUAUGCAAAUCUAUGUUUUGAGAAGUUUGGUGAUCGUGUGAAACACUGGAUUACUUUUAGUGACCCUUGGGCAGUUGCUGUAAAGGGUUAUGACACAGGAGAACAUGCACCAGGACUGAAGCUCGGUGGAUGCGGUGCAUACAAAGCAGCACACCAUAUGAUUAAAACUCAUGCAAAGGUAUGGCACUCUUACAAUGACACAUGGCGUAGUGAGCAGCAAGGUAUGGUUGGAAUUUCCCUAACCAGUGGCUGGGGUGAGCCUAUUGAUCCACACAGCCAAACAGACAGAGAUGCUGCUGAAAGAUAUAUACAGUUCCAUUUGGGAUGGUUUGCAAAUCCGAUUUACAAAGGAGACUAUCCAGAAGUUAUGAAGAAUUAUGUAGGUAGGAAGAGUGCCCAGCAGGGGCUGGGGACCUCAAGGUUACCAACCUUCUCAGUGCAAGAGAAAACCUGCAUUAAAGGCACGGGUUUCUUGGGAAUAGGCCAUUUUACUACUCAUUAUGUUCUACAGAAGAGCUUUCCCGUCCUACAAGUGCCCAGUUACCACACUGACUAUGAUUUGGCUGAACUGGUGGACCCAAAAUGGCCAGCUCCAGGACCUGAAUGGUUAUAUUCCGUGCCCUGGGGAUUCAGAAGAUUACUCAACUUCAUUAAGACACAGUAUGGGAACCCUCUCAUUUAUGUGACAGAGAAUGGAGUUUCUGAAAAGGUACAGUGUACUCAGCUGUGUGAUGAAUGGAGGAUAGAGUAUCUGAAAGGAUAUAUUAAUGAAAUACUCAAAGCUCUGAAUGAUGGUGUUAAUGUCAAAGGUUACACUGCCUGGUCACUGCUGGAUAAAUUUGAAUGGAACAAAGGCUUUUCCGAGAGAUUUGGACUUUAUCACAUUGAUUUCAAAAACAAGAACAAGCCACGAUACCCAAAAGCAUCCGCUGACUAUUAUAAAAAGAUUAUCAGUGCAAAUGGAUUCCCAAGCUCAAGAGAGGUGGACAACUGGCAUGGGGAGGCCAUGGACACUUGCUCCGCCACACACCAGCGCCUCGCUACAGAUUCCCUGAUUGCUCACAUGGAAAUGGUGACAGAGAUUGUUCUUCCUACAGUUUUCACAUUCUGCAUACUCAUCAGUAUUGUCCUACUCAUACUCUAUCUUCGAAAUCACAGUUAAAGUUGCAUGCUUACACACACCUUCAUUUUGCCUAACAAAUAAAGUGCAGGUGGUUUAUUAUAUUGGUUAAAGUUUACCACAGGUGCCUCUUUUUCUACCACUGCAGAAUGGAAUAUUAGGAAAGGGAUAAGAAGCAAGAUUUACUGAGGAGAAACCAGGAAUUAUAGAGAUUUAUAGUUUUUAAAAAUCAUGAAUAUUGGGGGUUUCCUUAUCUUACUUAUUAAUAAUUUUCUUUUAUACAAAAGUUUUGUCUCAUAUUAUUUAAUCAGCAUGUGCUACACUAUGUAAUUGUUUGAAGUUACACUACCAAAACACCACAUAAACUAUCUGAUCAACAUAAUGUGUGCAACUGUGAUCCCAGUGUAUUUAAAUGCUUAUGCCCAGCCAAUUAUACUGAAGAAAAUAUGCAAAAGUAUGCAAGAAAACAGUUAAAAUA